UCAAUUUUAAAUUGUUUCCACUUGUCGUUGUUGUGUUGUUGAUUAACCGUGUAGAGGAGCGCGCUCGCUGAGGCUCUCGUAUAUAAAAUAAAAACGUAUAUACAUAAUAUAUGUGCACCCAUUAGUUCACUUUAACUAAAUAAAUUAAGCGCUUGGAUUUGUCGCUCGUCGUCAUCCAUCCGUCUUCUUGUAAAACGUGAAAUCAAAAUCGAAUAUUAAAUAAACGAAUAAAAAGAGCGUGUCGCCCAUUAAGGAAAAACUGAAAAGAAAUUCAGCAACAGCAACAACAACCAACAAUAAGUGCAAUUUACGUCGAAAAAAAAUCUUGCUGACUGUGAAUAAAGUUUAUUUUUUAGACCUUUAAACCAUGUCCAGUGAGCAAACCAUUGAUGGAGCUGGCGCCGCUGCCGCUGCAGCUGCAGGAGAUGAACCCUUUUUGGGUCUACUCGAUAUUGCCCUGUUGGCUGUACUAAUCGGUGGGGCUGCCUUCUAUUUCCUUAGAAGUCGCAAGAAGGAAGAGGAACCAGUUCGUAGUUAUUCCAUACAACCUACCACAGUGAGCACAAUAAGUGCAUCAGAUAAUUCGUUUAUCAAGAAACUGAAAGCCUCCGGCCGAAGUCUUGUUGUCUUCUAUGGCUCACAGACGGGAACUGGUGAGGAAUUUGCCGGACGUUUGGCCAAAGAAGGUAUACGCUAUCGUCUUAAGGGCAUGGUAGCUGAUCCCGAGGAAUGCGAUAUGGAGGAAUUGCUACAAUUGAAGGAUAUAUCCAAUUCAUUGGCUGUCUUUUGUUUGGCCACCUAUGGCGAGGGUGAUCCCACAGACAAUGCCAUGGAAUUCUAUGAAUGGAUAACCAAUGGCGAAGUUGAUCUAACUGGUCUUAAUUAUGCGGUCUUUGGACUGGGCAACAAGACGUAUGAGCAUUAUAAUAAGGUUGCUGUCUAUGUGGAUAAGAGGCUAGAGGAAUUGGGGGCCAAUCGUGUCUUUGAAUUGGGAUUGGGCGAUGAUGAUGCCAACAUUGAAGAUGACUUUAUCACAUGGAAGGAUCGUUUCUGGCCCGCUGUCUGUGAUCACUUCGGCAUUGAGGGUGGCGGCGAAGAGGUGCUAAUCCGUCAGUAUCGUCUACUUGAACAGCCCGAUGUUCAGCCAGAUCGCAUAUAUACGGGUGAAAUUGCACGUUUGCAUUCUAUGCAAAAUCAACGUCCUCCCUUUGAUGCCAAGAAUCCCUUCCUGGCACCCAUCAAGGUCAAUCGGGAAUUGCACAAGGGCGGUGGACGUUCCUGCAUGCAUAUUGAGCUCAGCAUCGAUGGUUCCAAGAUGCGUUACGAUGCCGGUGAUCAUGUUGCCAUGUAUCCGAUUAACGAUAAGAGUUUGGUCGAGAAAUUGGGAGAAUUGUGCAAAGCCGAUUUGGAUACGGUAUUCUCUUUGAUCAAUACUGAUACGGAUAGCAGUAAGAAGCAUCCAUUCCCCUGCCCAACUACGUAUCGCACUGCCUUGACUCAUUAUCUGGAAAUAACCGCCAUACCACGUACACAUAUUCUCAAGGAAUUGGCUGAAUACUGUACGGAUGAAAAGGAGAAGGAACUGCUGAGAAGCAUGGCUUCCAUUGCCCCAGAAGGCAAGGAGAAAUAUCAAAAAUGGAUUCAGGAUGCCUGCCGGAAUGUGGUUCAUAUAUUGGAAGAUAUUAAAUCGUGCAGGCCGCCACUGGAUCACGUGUGCGAGUUGUUGCCACGUCUUCAGCCACGUUACUAUUCCAUUUCAUCAUCGGCCAAACUGCAUCCCACCGAUGUGCAUGUCACGGCUGUCCUUGUGGAAUAUGAAACACCCACUGGACGCACUAACAAGGGUGUGGCCACCACUUACUUGAAGAACAAAAAGCCCCAGGAGGGUGGUGAGGAGGUGAAAGUUCCAGUUUUCAUAAGGAAAUCACAAUUCCGUUUGCCCACCAAACCGGAGACGCCAAUUAUUAUGGUUGGUCCUGGUACAGGAUUGGCACCAUUCCGUGGUUUCAUCCAGGAACGUCAGUUCCUACGCGACGAGGGCAAAGAAGUGGGUGAUUCGGUGCUCUAUUUCGGUUGCCGUAAACGCAGCGAAGAUUACAUCUAUGAAACUGAACUUGAGGAAUGGGUGAAGAAGGGAACCUUGACCCUCAAAGCUGCCUUUUCGCGGGAUCAAGAGAAAAAGAUUUAUGUUCAACAUUUAUUGGAACAGGAUGCUGAUCUCAUAUGGAAUGUGAUUGGCGAGAAGAAGGGUCACUUUUACAUCUGCGGUGAUGCCAAGAAUAUGGCCGUUGAUGUUAGAAAUAUUCUAGUAAAAAUUCUCUCCACCAAAGGCAACAUGAGCGAAGCAGAUGCCGUUCAGUAUAUCAAGAAAAUGGAGGCCCAGAAACGUUACUCAGCCGAUGUCUGGAGCUAAACCAACAAAAUAACAAAAAAGAAACAAAAAGAAAAAGUCAACAAAAUACUAUCUUUAUCCUUUGGUCAGAACAAAGCCCAGAAUUCAAGGCACAAUCUUCCCCUCUCACCGGAAGCACGCACAUAUACACACACACACACACACGCUUACACACACACAUUAAGCCACACACAUUCAUAAGCCUAAAAGUUUGUUUUUAUCUAGUUUAAUUAAGCAUUAUGGAUACAAUUUUUUUUUAAAAAUAUGGUUUGAGUGAGUUGAAAAUAUCCAAUAUCUAGAGAAAGUGAGAAACCUGUGUAACAAUUGUGAGCGUCAAGCAGAUUAAUUAAUUAAAAUUAAGUAGUUUUGUACGUAUGCAAAUUUAAUUUAAAAAACCAAUCAACAAAUUUGACAAACUUUUCCUUUGUGUAUUCUCUGGUGAUUUCCAAAUACAAAUUACGUAACGAAAUGUAGUGCAAUUUAAACAAAAAAAGAAAAAAACACUUACAAAA